AGAAGUGGAGGCCAGAUGGAAAUUGGGUCACAUGACCGCCUCCAGGAAGGCGUGCUGAGCCUGGAACUGGCCAAUGGGGUGAAUCGCUACCAUAACGAUGAUGAGGCAUCUAUGGAAACGGAGCAGCAGAGGGCAGGAAGCGUGCCUCCAAGGCAGUGCUGGGUGGCAGGACAUGGCAAGGUCAGUGACACCCAACAACAGCAGCCAUGUUGGAACAGCAGCAGUGGUGCGACCCCUGGUGAACCUGUCCACCAUGCAAAUGUGGAGGAUGCCCACAAUCUGGUGGCUUUUUCUGCUAUUGCUGGCUCCUUGCCUCCUUCUUCCUCCUCUUCCUGCCUUCUCGUGCAGCCCAACACAGCCCAGCUAUACGAGAGGUUCACCCAGGAGAUGGGUGCUGAGGGGGCUCAAGCCAGACUCUCUAAAGGGGCUCCUGAGGGAAGCCGCCAACCUCCAGAAGAUCUGAACACCCUACAGACAGCACUGAGCCAAGCCAGACAUGGACACAAGCCCCCUAACUGCAACUGUGACGGGCCUGACUGUCCAGACUACCUUGAGUGGCUGGAGAAGAAGAUUAAGUUGGCAACCAAUGAGGAUCAAGGUGCCAGCAAGAUGGCUGAAGCUUCCCCACACCUACAGCCUCAUCUACAGCAACCUCUUUUGCAGCAUCACCCUCAGCCCUACCCCCAGGUGAAUGGUGGUCACCGUAUGCCUACUUCAUACUCCCAGCAGCAACAGGGAACUCAAGGCCCUCACCCAGACCAAGUGCCCUGCUCCAAACCCCCAAUUCCUUGCUCUCCCCAGGUGCUUUCCAUAGCCAAGGAAAAGAACAUCAGUCUUCAGACAGCCAUUGCCAUAGAAGCCCUGACUCAGCUAUCUGGUACCAGUCCACAAGCUUCUGGCUCUCCAGGUCAAACCCCCUACAACAGUAACCUCCAUCACCACCCACAUCUCCAGAACCUCCCAUCCCAGCCUCCCAAUGGCUCUAGCUUGAUCCCACCCUCUCCUGGCAGCCACUCAUCUUCCUCACGCUCUCAGUCCGUCCCUCCAGGACUACACACCAGCCAGCAGGCCCCAGUGUCCUGUGAGCACCACAGGCCCCAGUCCCAGGGCCAGCCACCCCAUGCUACACCUCUCCCUUCCUCUACCUCUCCCUUCCCAGGUCAGGGAAAACCUCCAGGCUUCAGCCCCAAUCCCCAGCAAUGGCAACAGAGCUCAGGCAGAGGCUCUGAACAGAGGAACCCAUGGAUGUGUGUGAAGUCUGAGCCCCAGUCUCACUUCGCCGCUGCACCUCACAGUAGCUCAGACCCUAUGUCAGAGCUCAAACAGCUGCUUGGUGACACCAGUGGCAAAUUCAUCAAUGCUUCUUUCAAGCUUCCAGUCACACAGCAGCUCAGCGUGAACCAGAAUGGAGGUAUCCAGGCCCAGGAUCACCCAGCACUGUCCAGAGUAAAGCAAGAGCCAGACUCUGGUGAGCACUACCAUCACACUGCCUCCAUGGGACAUUAUGGCAUGGCUAAUGGUCAGCAGCAGGGUCAGCACUACCCUGGCACUCCCCUGUCACCUGGCCAAGCAGCCAUCAGCCACUCCACUCAGGCAGCUCUGCAACAGCACCUUCACUACAAGAGGAACCUCUUCUCGAACCACUCCCCUGGCUUUGGAGCACCGGGCCCACGUCCACCUCUGGCUUGCCAAAACUUGAAAAAAUGGUGGCCGCAGAUGGAGGCAGAAGGUUUGCCACAUCUGGCCAUCAAACAGGAACCUAAGGAACCCAAGAAGAAAAAAAGCAGCCAGGGAUCUCCUGUCAUAAAAGCUAUGAGUGGGAUGCUUACAGGCCCUCCCCUGCCCAAACCCAAACAGAUAAUCAUCAAGAAGACUAAGCAGAAAGCCUCCAUGCCAACCUUCCUGCCUCAGACUCAGAUUUCCAUACAGAAACCACCAGUCCUCAUGAUGGACAGAGCCCUGGCCCUGACCAGCCUGCAAGCAGGCCUCCCCUCUCUGCCCCUCCACAGUAACUCCACUCAGGCUGCUGCUGCAGGCCUCCCUGCCCCAGCCCAAUCUCAGGUAUCCAUUUCCAACUCCUCAAUGACUCCCUCUUCCACUGUUUCUGCUUUGUCAGAAAACACUCCAGCCCUCAUGGGCCCUCUGCCCACACCUGUGGCCCCUGUAGCCCAUGCUAAGUCAGAAGGAGCGGGCAGCCUAGCCUCCAGUAACACCAGCACCACCAUACCUCUGACCUCCACAUUUCCAUCCAGCACCUCACAGUUACAGAGUCUUAUCAACAUAGACCCUAAGUACGAAGAACUGAUCCGCCAGUUUGAGGCUGAAUUUGGGGACUCAGCCCCAGAUGCAUCUGCAAGUCAGCUCACUGCUACAGCCCCUCAGCAGGGGAAUCAGUCCCAGACCAGUCCUCAGGUCCUCAGUCCCACAUCAUCAUCCACCUCCCUAUCGGCUCCUCUAAGUCUCACCACUCAAGCCAGCUCGGCACCUCAUCCAAACGAUCAGGAGAUGGAGGUCAGCAAGGACGAGUCAGGGACCCAAAGCGAAGCAACCUUGAACCAGGCAUCCACAGAAAGCCCUGUGGAGGAGCAGAAUGAGGGGCCCCUCCAUAUCUCCCUGCGUCAGGAGGCCGGUAUGGACAAGCAGCAGCAGCCCAGUGUGUUAGAGGAUAACUUCAGCAUGCCAUGUUCCCCGAUGCCUAAACGCAUGAAGCUUGAAGCAACGAGUGAUAUAGCAGUACUGUCCACCACAUGCUAUUCUGAGGAGGACACGCCCACUAAGGACAGUCUGCCCUCUUCACCAUCUCUCAGAGGCUUCCUAGAGUCUCCUCUGCGCUACCUGGACAGCCCCACCAAGAGCCUGCUGGAUACUCCCUCCAAGGACCUACAGGCAGAGUUCCCCACCUGCACCUGUGUGGAGCAAAUCCUGGAGAAAGAUGAAGGUCCCUACUACAACCACCUGGGAUCUGGACCUACUGUAGCCUCCAUACGAAAUCUGAUGGAGACAAGGUAUGGAGAGAAAGGGGAUGCCAUUCGGAUUGAGAAGGUGGUGUACACAGGCAAAGAGGGAAAGAGCUCACGAGGAUGUCCUAUUGCAAAAUGGGUGAUCCGUCGAAGCAGCGAGACAGAGAAGCUGCUUUGUCUGGUGCGUCAGCGCGCAGGCCACCACUGUGCCAACGCUGUCAUCAUCAUCCUCAUCAUGGCCUGGGAAGGUGUCCCAAAGAUGCUGGCUGACAAGCUGUACCGUGAGCUCAGUGACACCCUCACCAAAUAUGGCAACCCGACCAGCCGACGCUGCGGCCUAAAUGAUGAUCGUACUUGUGCGUGUCAAGGCAAGGAUCCCGAAAGUUGUGGUGCUUCCUUCUCCUUCGGCUGCUCCUGGAGUAUGUACUUUAAUGGCUGUAAGUACGCCCGAAGCAAAAUGCCACGCAAGUUCAGGCUACAAGGAGAUCACCCUGAAGAGGAAGACAAACUCAGGGAUAACUUUCAGCAUCUGGCAACUGAGGUGGCUCCUUUGUACAAACGGCUGGCCCCACAGGCAUACAGUAACCAGUGCCAGUCAGAGUCAAAAGCUCCAGAGUGCAGGCUGGGCUUAAACGAGGGCAGACCCUUCUCUGGAGUCACUGCUUGCAUGGACUUCUGUGCCCACGCUCAUAAAGACCAGCACAACCUCCACAAUGGUUGCACAGUGGUGUGCACUUUAACUAAGGAGGACAACCGUGCAGUGGGGGAAAUUCCUGAUGACGAGCAGCUUCAUGUGUUGCCUCUGUACAAGAUCUCCCCGACUGAUGAGUUCGGCAAUGAGGAGGCCCAGCGCCUCAAGAUGCAGACUGGUGGCAUCCAGGUGCUUCAGACUUUCCGCCGUGAAGUGCGCAAAUUGCCUGAACCUGCCAAGUCCUGCCGACAGCGCCGACUAGAGGCCAAGAAGGCCGCCUCAGAGAAGAAGAAAAGUAAACUCAUGCAGCAGGCAGGGGAGACGCCGGAGAAAGUAGUGGUCAAGGCUGAGGUCUGCAUCACCCGAUCCCCUCAACCCCAAGGCAAUAAAGCAAUUAUAAAACAAGAGAUGAAGCCCAACAUCAAGAAGGAGCCCUUCAAUGGGUCAAUAGAUGGAUACCCUGUGCAGGCAGCAGACCCAUUCAACAACAUUUAUCCACACCCUGCCUACUAUGCAAGGGGAGGCCUCCCCCCAACUGGCCAGCCCUCUGCACCAGACCAAGUAAACGGUUACCAUCCACCACCCAAUCUGCCCGCAGUGCACUAUGGCUACUACAACUACCCCCCCAAUGCACUUUUUCCCCCUAAGCUGAGGACCUACGAGGGUCGAAAUGGCUCUUUGCCCAAACCAGGCGGUAAGGCUGUCCAGGUAGACAAGAAACCUGAUAUUCAGAGCCUUCAAGCCAGACUGGCCCAGUCCUACUGUGGCCAACCAGAGCAUACCAACCAACCAAACCAUAGCGCUUACGCCCAGCCUGCAGACUACAACCAAUCCCGUCCUUCCUCUGUCUCCUCUGAGCCCUCCAACAGAGGCACUCCAUUAAUCAAACAGGAGCCUAUGGAUGUGCCAGUCUAUGAAGGCGCAGUGCCGAACCAGGCUAGGGCUAACACACCUAGCGGCAUCACCCAGCCUACUGCCUGGCCCGGGCACAAGCUCAAUGGAAAUAUUGUUCCCACAAACUGGGACAGCCAUCGAAACCAUAAACCAAGUCCUGAAACCUCAUCGUUGAACCCGGAAAAGCAGCAGUUUCACCAGCAUCCCCAGCAGCAGCCCUCCCCUUACCCCCAGCAGUGGACAUCCUACCCUGGCUCAAAUGCCUUGAUGGCUUCCCCUGCCCCAUCACCAUCACUCCAGGUACCUCCCUCUCCAUCUCCGUCCCCUCACCCAGGCACAGUGCUCCCGGGUAACAUAUACCAAGGCUCUCCACGCCCUGCCACCCCACGCCCAAGCACCCCCCACCCAGGAACACCACAGCCUGGCACCUCUCACUCAGGCUCUGUUACACCACAGCCAGGUACUCCUGGCCCAAGCACCCCCAGGCACUGGGCCAGCCCUGCUCCUAGUCCUCAGCCGAAUGCCUGGGCCAUGGGGCCUGCUGCAUAUAGUCCUGGUUUGAAGCACAGCAAUCCUGCAGGAGCCUACCCUGACAAAAUCUGGUCCAAGACCGGGGAGAGUCGGUGUUCCACUCCCCUUGGGCUCCAAGAGAAGGCCUGGAAGUCUUGUGGAGGUUCAGUGGCAGGCAGUACCCCAUCCCCUGCCCCAGAGGGCCGGCUCUUCCCUGAUGCCCUGCAGCAGUCGGAUCAGGCCUGCUGGGGCCCCAGGCGAGCUGACAGUGACGUAGAGAGCAUCAGGGGUCGGGAAGAGGACGAGGAUGAGGUGUGGUCUGACAGCGAGCACAACUUCCUGGAUCCCAAUAUCGGUGGUGUAGCGGUAGCACCAGCCCAUGGUUCCAUCCUGAUUGAAUGUGCCCGUCGGGAACUACAUGCUACCACUCCACUCAAAAAGCCCGAUCGCUCCCACCCCACCCGCAUCUCCCUGGUCUUCUACCAGCACAAGAACCUCAACCAGCCCAUGCACGGCCUGGCUCUGUGGGAGGCCAAAAUGAAGCUGCUGGCAGAGCGAGCACUGCAGAGGCAGCAGGAAGCGGCUCUCCUUGGCCUCUCCCAGGAAGACAUCAAGGCCCUAGGGAAGAAACGCAAGUGGGGGGCUACGGUGGCAGGUGCCAGUCCAGGACCUGGACAAUCUAAAGACAAGAGGGAGGGGCCGGUGACGCGGUUAGCCCCCACGUUCCAAACAACCUCUAUGGUUACUGUGUCUCCCUAUGCCUUCACCCGCCUCACUGGGCCCUACAGCCACUUUGUCUGAGGUCAGACAGACACACACAGACUGAUAGCUACAGAGUGGUGCAGUGAAGGGCUGGAGAGAGCGAUGAGCAGGAUGAAUGUCUCUCAGCCAUCUCGCA